UGUUAUGUCCUCAACUUGGUUUCCUUGCUGUUUUAGCUUUUUCAGUUACACUUACUGUUUGGGAUUUCUAAUUUGGUUUUAUGCUUCUCUAACUUGGUUUCCUACAAAUUUUCAUUUCUAUAUAGUUAUUUUUACAAUUUCUACAUUGCUUCAUCUCUCAAUCACAUCAUUUUCCAAGGAUGCAAAGGCAUGUCAUUGUCCAGGGCGUCAGGGGGAAAACGGUGUCUCUCUGAUGCUGACUGCAUAUCAGUUAAGUGUCCAGAAGGGCUCAGUGAUGCUCGUUGUUUCCAUAACGGCUACUGCACCUGCAAGCCAACACAAGAAGGCUCUUCUCAGUUUAUUGAUGGAAGGAGCUCCAAAGAUGCACAAGCUUGUAAGCGGGACAGUGACUGCACCGGAUUUUGCCCUCCAAAAUGCAAAUAUGUAAACUGCGUUGGGGGUGUAUGCUUUUGUAGCUGUUAAACCUGCUGGAGAAAGGCUGUAUUAUAUAUU